CAACAACUCAAUGUCGAAGAGUGUCUCCAACUUGCCAUAGUAGAGCAAAUACAUGGAUGCCAACAUCCACAAGCGUGCCGGACGGAGAUACACAGGACUCCACCGACGCUGAAGGUUAAAGGCCUUUGAAUAUGCAAGUUCAGGCUGCGACCUGCCAAUGUGAGUAGAGAGGAGCACCCGCGAAUGAACACGACAUUCCUGCCACUUGCUCGCCAGCUCCCAAAGAGAUUCCUUAAAGCGGCGACCCGCAGGCAUCGUGAGAGAUAUAAUGGUCAAGCUCUCGCUACUCUCUCCCUCGAGCUCUCCCCGCACCAGGACACGCAUUCUUCAUCUUUGUUCAACACUCAGCUUCUGCCGCCGCUUUAACUCCACGGCUUGGUUCGCAUUUGCCUUGCCACGUCACGAUGGAUUUCGACCACUCAGACAUGAGCGCCUUGAGCGCCUUCAACCCUUUUUUCGAACUUCCGGGGCCUGCGGACCAAUUGCUCAACUUGCCCGUGCCUGAUGCGGAGGCUGUCUUCGCAGAUGCAGGGUGAGUGGCCAAAAAAAAAAGUUACUGACUGCAAAAAAGGGUAUCUGGCUGGCAUGGCUGCCACCUGUCUGAGCCUUCGCCUUCGAGUAUGUGUGGCCGGUGGACUGCUGGUUUGUCUUCCGAUCAGACUUCUGGUUUUGGCAACAACCAUGAUCCGAGCCCGUCACCAACAGCGGGUCUGCACAAAGGAAGCUGCGACUGUCGAUAUCCUUUCUGUGGACAGCGUUUUAGUCUACGAGAUGAUUUAGAAGCUCAUUUCUGCGCCGCGCAUCCCUGUCAAGAAUGUGGGCUCAGUUGCAGCUCGAUUUCCGACCUUGAUCAUCACGUUGGGGGUUCUGGACAUACCUGCUAUGUUUGCCCAUACGAUGGAUGUUCCAAGGUAUAUAGUGCACACACGAGCCUUUUGCGGCAUGUCAAGACACAGCACGAGGAUCUUCCAGGGUUCCCAUGCAUUUACUGCAAGAAAUAUCGAGGAAAGGACGCAUUCAAGCGAAAAGACCAUCUUGCACAGCAUUUACGCAACUACCAUCAUAUAGGAGAGAAGGAAUCCGGGGCCAGACUUUCGUGUCCUCAUGAUGGAUGCGACAAGUUCCGCGCCGAUGCUUUCAAAACUUUUGGUAAUACAUGGUCUCCCAGGUGGAACUUCCAUCACACCAUGACGCGAAAGGAGUUUAUGGCGCACAUGCGAAAGGUGCACUCAGAAUCUCCCUUCCAGUGUUCUGUGGCUGGCUGCAAUCGGCGCGGCGGCAAAGGUUACUUUCGAUUUCGUGAUCUCGACAAACAUCGGCGGAAGGAUCAUCCGGACCUCUUCACUGAGCCGGCAGACAAUGACGAAGCGCGUCUACAGUCCACACCGUUUUACUUCCAUUCUUUUCUACCGUUUCAACCUUAAUUCGGUCUGUCCUACACUUUGAAGACCAUAAUCGCGUCUUUUUCUCCUUAGCCCCAACUUCAACGUGCUCCAACAGCAAUGCUAAGCCCCAUCUUCAACGUGCUUCAACAGCAGUACUAAGAUGGUUUGUAUUUUCGGUCUUAUUUGCUCUCCGUCUUAACUAUUAAUUUCUUUGCCCAAACUAGAAAAAGAUGAAAAAGAAACCGCAUAAAUGCCAGUAACGAAUGUACGACACUUGUCUUAUUUAGCCAGAAUGAAUACAACUGUCUCUUUUUCGGUUCGUAAAUAA